AGUUGGUGAACCGAUAAAAAUACACAAAUCAAAACCUUACAAAAACUAAUAAAAACCCAAAACUAUUAAAAAAUAUCAUAAAGAGAAUGACCGCAUUAUCAAAAUAACACAAACUAUUCAAAAAGAUCUGAACGGGGAUGACGAAGGAUUAUUACUAUUUAUUACUGGUGGAGCAGGAAGCGGCAAGUCUUUUGUCCUGAAAUUGCUGGUAGAGCAUAUCAAGCGAUGCUAUGCUCCUACUGUAGACUUACUACUUAAACCAACUUUCGUGGUAGUAGCAUCCCUAACUGGAGUUGCCGCUCGAAAAAUAUUCGGUAAAAUCCUACACUCAGUUUUUUUAUUUGUCCAUUGAAAAACGAAAUGCUAGAGCAUACCCUCGAAUGACUGGGCACAGAUUAGAACAAGAGAGAAGAAAAUGGCGCUACAUUCGUUGGUUAAUUAUUAUCGACGAGUUCUCAAUGGUCUCCUACGAGAACUUACGUAUGAUCCAUUUGAGGUUACAAGAAUUUAAAAACAAUGACCUAAUAUUCGGAGGAUUAAACGUAUUGGUCUUUGGUGACAUCAUGCAAUUACCACCUGUGAAGGGCAGUUGGUGUUUUAUAGAACCAGCAUGGUGCUCGGCAGAAAUCAACUUAUGGCACCAAUUUUGUUUCUGCGAAUUGACAAUAAACAUGCGUCAACGAAAUGAUCAGGAUUUUAUAGACCUACUCAAUCAUUUACGAUGUGGAGAGCUUACAACUGCAGAAUUAGAUCAGUUGUGUGAGCGACGAAGGAACGAAUUAACGGGGGACUUUGCGGAUGGUGCCGUGGUUCGCAUCUAUCCCACCGUCAAACAAGUUGACGAGUACAACAGUAAAAUGACCGCUGCUAAUGCAUCAUUAAACCGGAUGUACAAGAUACACGCGAUUGAUGAAUCACAGAAGUGUUGUAAAUUCUAACUUCAUAAUAUAUUUUUUUGGGGUUUUACCAAUACUGAACCACAAAUACUUCAGUACUCAUUUUACUAGGAAAGACGUCAAAACACUCGUUUCGAUACUGCGAUAUAUUGAUAUAACAUUCCACACAUGCCAACGCAGGACUCAGCAUCUACCAAAAUCUUAUUAUGUAAAACGAAUAACGUCCUUGCAAAUUCAUCGACGCCCAAGCCCAAAUCUUUGGGAGCUAUGCAGAGGUUCUUUUUACUAUGCAGACAAGGGAUAAGACCGGAUUUUUCGAGAUUCCGACGGGAGCGAAGCCCCGUCUUUACAAAAAAAAAAAAACAAAAUAAUAAUUCCAACAAACUCCAAAAAUGGAAACACAUGUGGAACAUUCAUCUUUUUUUAUAUAUCCAGUGGGUUUACAUUCAAUAAAGCGAAGUUCUUGGAACCACUUUUCUGCUCAAUCAUUUGACACAAAUUUUGUCUACAAAAAUAAUGAACACGGACCAAAUACAAGUCCUAUCUAACCAGAUAGAACAACAAAAACAAAUCGCUGAACUGAUAAAAUUGCUUACAAAAACCAACAAUGCUACGCAACGUCAACACCAACUGAACACAAUGGAACAGAGUUGGAAGCAAUCUUAACAAACAAGGCUAGUAAACUUGCAAUCAUAAAUGUAUUCAAUUGGCGACGAGAAAUAUAAAGAACAUUUAAAAAAAUGUGAAUUUACAUUGUGUUUAUAAUAUUAUUAAAUUGGCAAAAAUGGAAAGUUUUUUUAACAUUAAACAUUGUUAAAAUGCACGUACAAUUUAAUCCAUUUAACCAUUCAUUUAAUUUUUUUUCUCUCUCGUCUGGCUUUACAAAGAUUAGCUAAUGUCAAGUUUGUAGUAAUUUGCAAAAAGUUAAUCAAACCAUACAAGUAUGGACCCCGUCCGCGCCGGCG